CCCCGCCCGGGGGUAGGCGGGCGCAAAAGAGGCGCCGCCGGCCUACAACUCCCGAGAGGCUUUGCGGUGGGCGCCGCGCGCGCGGCGGGAGCAGCCUUGUCCCGCUGCUGCCGCUGCUCCCGCUGCCGCUCCCGCCGCCGCUCCCGCCGCCGCCAUGCACAGGAAACAUCUUCAGGAGAUCCCCAGCUCCGGCAGCAACGUGUCGUCCGGAUUCGCCUGGGACUGGGAGUCGGGCAGGACCGCGGAGUUCCUGUCGGGCAUGGGGGUGUCGGUGCUGAAGAAGGACAGGCUGGGCAGCGAGAACACCCUACAGGAGCUGCUGGUGGCCGCCUGCUCCCCGCACAAGAGGCAGAAGGUGAAGGAGAAGGAGAAGGACUUCGUGAUCGUGCGCAGGCCUCGGCUGCUCCGAGAGGCAGAGCCAGGUAUUUCUUGGGAUGCACUUCCAGAUGAACUGCUAUUGGCAAUCUUUGCGUAUUUGCCCCUAAAUGACCUGCUGAAAGUUUCCAUGAUUUGCAAGAGAUGGCAUCGUCUCUCGUUUGAUGAAUCUCUUUGGCAGACCCUUGAUCUGACUUGUAGAAAUCUUCUGCCAGGAGUAAUUGGACAGUUGCUACCUGCAGGUGUUACUGUAUUCCGCUGCCCAAGAUCAUGUAUUGGGAACCCGAUGUUUAAAACCAUGAAACCUCUCCGAGUUCAGCACAUGGAUUUGUCAAACUGCACAAUGUCUGUUGCUGAUCUCCAGAGUAUUCUUUGUCGGUGCGAAAGACUGGAGAAUCUCAGCUUGGAGGGACUAGUGCUUUCUGAUGACAUCGUCAGAAGCAUUGCAAAGAAUACCAGUUUGAUACGACUUAAUCUCUGUGGGUGCUCAGGGUUUUCUGCAGAAGCCCUGGAGUUGAUGUUGAGCAGCUGUUCUAUGUUGGAGGAACUAAACUUGUCCUGGUGUGACUUUACAGCCACCCAUGUCAAAGUGGCAGUCAAUCACGUUACUUCAAAAGUAACCCAACUAAAUUUAAGUGGAUACAGACAGAAUCUACAAAUAUCAGAUGUUAAAACGUUGGUGGAAAGAUGUCCUUCUCUUGUCCAUUUAGAUUUAAGUGACAGCGUGAUGUUGAAGCCUGAGUGCUUCCAGUAUUUUCAUCAACUCAUAUUUCUACAACAUCUGUGUCUUAGCCGAUGCUACCAAAUAUCACCGGCUGCCUUAGUAGAACUUGGUGAAAUUCCAACAUUAAAGACUCUUCAAGUAUUUGGAAUAGUGACUGAUAGCUCCCUACAGCUCCUCAAAGAAACGCUUCCUGACAUGAAGAUCAAUUGUUCACAUUUUACAACUAUUGCAAGGCCAACUGUUGGUGCUAAAAAGAACCACGAAAUUUGGGGCAUCAAAUGCAGAUUGACACUGAGAACCCCUAGUGGCUUAUGAUCAUGUAUGAUGGAUGCGAUGGACACACCGUGUG